AUGGGCUCUGUGCACAGUGUUGUUAACUGCGAUGUGCUGGUGGUUGGCGCGGGACUCAGUGGUAUCGCCGCUCUUUACAAGCUACGAAAGUUGGGCCUGAACGUCAAAGUGGUUGAGACGGGCUCUGAAUUCGGCGGCACAUGGAAUAACCCGAAAGCAAACAGAAUAGUAUACGACUUCUGGAAGAAGAAGGUCCGUGCCAGAAUCUCAGAUCCGGUCAAGCGGGAAAUACUCGCGCCAACAGACCCAUUAUUCUAUUUUGGAACUAAGCGCAGCCCGCUUGAGCAAGACUACUAUGAGGUACUGAACCGGGACAAUGUCAAGUUGAUCAGCUUACGGAAAAAUUCAUUUGAGAGGUUUCUCCCGAACGGUGUGGCCAUGAGCGAUGGUAGCACCCACGAGUUCGAUGUCUUAGUUUUUGCUACAGGGUUCGAGAGUUUCACUGGAUCAUAUUAUAACUUAGGCCUCAAAAGCCGUAGCAAUGUCGAGCUGAAGGACUCCUGGGCCUCAAAGAUCCACACAUAUCUGGGUCUUCUGAUUACCGACUAUCCAAACUUAUUCACCGUGUUUGGCCCGCAAGGGCCAACGACACUCUACAACGCUCCAACCACCGUGGAAUGUCAAACUGAUCUGGUGGGUCGUCUGAUCAUGAAAGCAGAGGAGCGAGGUGCAAAAUCCAUCGAAGCCACAGAAGCGGCCGAAGACGAAUGGGCUAAGUUACUCGACGCUCAAUUCCAAGAGAAUCUGGUCAGGUUUACUGAGUCGUGGUGGACUAGAGCAAACAUUCCUGGAGCCCGUGUGCAGCCACUGACUUAUCUGGGUGGGUUGUCUGAAUACGAGAAGCGGUGCGACGAGGCCAUAGAGCAUGAUGACGGGCUGGUCUACAGAUGA